UUUCUAUUUGUGGUUUGGAAACAAGACACAUCUCUCUUGCAGAUUGCCACUCAAAUCAAGCCAACCAAUUUAUGUAAGGGCAAAUCAAACUGCAGAGAGAUUUUAAUUAGCAAAAAAGAAGAUCAAAAGGGAGGGAAAGAAGAACAUGUUGACAUGUUGGAGAGUAACACCCACAACUCCACCAUUACAACCACCUCGUCUUUCAAAAAGACACGGCUCAAGCUUCUGCUACAGAAUUAAUGCCCUUCAGAGCCCUGUCAAUGGAGAAACUAACAAAACGAUUGAGAAGAGAAAGAAGGUUCUCAUAGUUGGCUCUGGCUGGUCUGGCCUUGGUGCUGCUCAUCACCUUUCUAAUCAGGGUUUUGAUAUCACAGUCCUUGAUGGUGGAACUGCUUUUGGUAGACCAGAUGAUCUGGGUAUUCAAGGUUUCUGGUAUCCCUAUAAGAAUAUAUUUUCUCUCGUUGAUGAGUUGGGAAUCAAGCCCUUCACCAAUUGGACAAAAUCUGCCCAGUAUUCAGCUGAAGGACAGGAGAUUCAAUUUCCAGUUUUCCAAGAUCUUCCUCAAUUGCCAACUCCUUUGGGAACCUUUUUCUACACUCAAUUUGCUCGGGUCCCAUUGGUGGAUCGAUUGACAUCACUUCCUCUAAUGGCUGCAGUGGUCGAUUUUGAUAACACUGACCCAGCCUGGAGAAAAUAUGAUUCAAGUACUGCAAGGGAGCUAUUGAAACAGUUUGGCUGCUCCGAGAGACUUUACCAGGAUGUUUUUCAGCCUCUCCUUCAAGUUGGAUUGUUUGCUUCACCAGAACAAUGUAGCGCUGCUGCAACAUUAGGACUGCUGUACUAUUUUGUCCUUGCUCACCAGAAAGAUUUCGAUCUGCUUUUGUGUCGUGGGACAAUUAGAGAAAAAAUCUUUGAGCCAUGGAUGGACUUCAUGAAGGUUAAAGGUUGUAACUUCCUGGAACAAAGAAGUGUGACAGAUUUCAUCGUCAAUGAAGAAACAGGUUGCAUCACGGAGGUAGUUUGUGGCAAUGAGACUUACGAUGUUGAUGCUGUUGUAUUGGCUGUUGGAGUCUCGACAGCUCAGGAAAUUAUCAAGAAUAGUGCAGCACUACAUGAAAAGGAGGAGUUCCUUAAGGUUCUCAACUUGGCUGGCAUUGACAUGCUCACUGUAAAGCUGAAGCUUGACAAAAAGGUUGCCAUACCAAAUCCAAGCAAUAUUUGCUCUGGAUUUGGUAAUUCAUAUGCAUGGACUUUCUUCGACUUGAAUGCUAUUCAUGAUAAACACAAGGACAGCCCAGUAACAGUUCUGCAAAUUGAUUUUUAUCAUGCAAAUGAAUUGUUGCCUAUGACCGAUGAGCGUAUAAUUGCAAAAGUAAUGUCUUACCUCUCAAAAUGCAUCGACAACUUCCAAACUGCUACUGUGAUUGACCAGGAAAUUGAAAGAUUUCCCAGUUCAUUGACUCAUUUCUUUCCAGGUUCAUACAAGUACAUGCUGCGAGGAUCAACUAGUUUCCCAAAUUUGUUGGUUGCUGGAGACUGGAUUGUAACUCGGCAUGGUUCAUGGUCACAGGAAAAAUCUUAUGUUAGUGGACUCGAAGCAGCAAACCGUGUGGUUGACUACCUUGAAGAAGGCAAUCUUGCUAAGAUAAUACCAGUGGAGGAAGAUGAGCCUCAUAUCCAAGCUCUUCGCAUCCUCAACAGACGCUUUAAUGACAUCAAAACCCAGAUUCCCCUCUCUGAUUUUUUUCUCCAAUGAAAUUUUGGAUUGUGUUAUUUGUACUCUUCUACCAUUUUUCUAGUAACUAUAAAUGUAAAUAAAAAAUAAAAGAUACAAUCUUUAUUUUGGUUCUUAA